UAUGAAAGCAAGCUUACAUGAUGAUGCUAAAAGAAAUUCUGUUUGAUACUUACUAUUCUCACUUCUCAAUUGUGCAGGGUGGGUGUCCGCUGCUGACAACUGCACUUACAAGAUGAUAUUAGAUCAUCUUGACUUGAACAAAAAUGACUUUAACACGUCCCUGCGGCCCGUGCAUUUCUUUAGGACCCCCACCAAAGUCUUUGCAGACCUGUACGUGUCCUCCAUCACAGAAGUGAAUGAAAAAGCCCAAAGCUUUUCAACACAAGUCACGCUUGUAAUUGGAUGUUUAAAUGAGUUUACAAGGUGGAACUCCAAAGACUUUUGUGGAAUCAGUUCAUUUUCACUUCCUAAAGAUAUGUUUUGGACUCCAGACAUUGGGAUCAUUGAAAGCAUCAAGACAGAAUUUGCAAUAAAGGAGUCUCCAUAUGUGCAGAUGGUCAGUUUAGGCAUAAUAGUUUCAUCUGACACUUUAGCUGUGACCACUGCCUGUAAAAUGAACCUGCACAGGUUCCCCUUCGACAUCCAAAGCUGCACCCUCACGCUGCAAUCAUCCAUUCAUUUCAUUCAUGAGCUGAUAAUUGAACCAUAUUCCAAUGCAUCAUCACUUACCUUCAACUCUCAGAAUGCCUUUCAGACCCAGGGAGAGUGGGAGCUCAUAGAUAUAAAUAUGACUAAAUACAAUAACUCUAUUCUGUGGGAUACACGGGCUCAGCUGAAAUAUCAGGUCACCAUAAAGAGGAGACCUCUGCUGUAUGUCAUCAACUUUAUGUUGCCAGUCUUUUACUUCCUUGUGUUGGAUGUGGCCUCUUUCUUCAUAAAUGUGGAGGGAGGAGAGAAGUUGAGUUUUAAAGUGACUUUACUCCUGGCCAUUUCUGUGUUGCUGCUCAUUCUCAAUGACAUGCUGCCCUCUACUGCUGAAGAUAUCCCACUGAUUGGGAUUUAUUGCAUUGUGGUUUUCACUCUCAUUGGCAUAAGCAUUCUGGAGACCAUCUUUGUGAAUUUUUUGAUGGAUAGAGGAGCUGAGACCAAAUCAGUAGCACCAGUGGAAACCACAGCUGCUGUUACUGGCAAAGAUGACAGCACAAGAAACCUGGGGAUCCCUUUGGACACGCAUGUAGAUCGGAUUGAAGAGCAGUCAUGUUUUCUUGACCUUCUGAAGCAGACCCUCACUGAGCUUCGGGCAGCAUGUCAAGAACUUUCUCGUCAAAAUCAACAAGAGAAAACAUCUCUGUGCUGGACCAGAGUGGCGAAAAUCAUAGAUGUGACCUUCCUAGUUCUUUACUUGAUCUGUAUAGUCACAUUUUUCAUAGUACUUGGCAUUACUUGGUUUCCAUAGUGAUAUCAUGCGGUAAGGAUGAGCUGGAAAACCAAACUGAUCAUCAGUAAUAGUUAAUUGAUUAUUAAAUAAGCGAUACAUACAGGCAUGCACUUUUUAUGGAGAUUUUAAGGUUUAGUUCAUUAUAGUAGUACUGUUUGUCAUUCUAUCUGCCUUUGGCAUAUCUUUACAUUUAAAAAAUAAUUAUUAUGUGAAAUCAGCAAACUCUUGUAAAAAAGUUAUUAGUACACCAGUAAAGGAAGUGGUGUCUAGCCAAACUGAUCUCACAAUAAAAUCAAAAUCAGGAGGUUGAAUUUUCUUAAGCUAAAACCUUUUUGUUCUUAUCGAUAUGCUUAUGUGAAACACUGCCCCCAGUGGCCGAAGCGACAAGUGCUUUUGGACGUAUGGUCACGUGUGAGCUCCAUUUUCUGGGUGAAAAGUCCACAGAAGGGCACCAAAAGCGAGUUGUCAAGUGAGUUGUUUUCAGCUGUUCAGGAUGUAAUAUAGUGAAGAUGAAUGCAUAUUUUAUAAACUGAACCCCCAACCCAAACUUCAAACCUAAACCUAACCAUCAGUGGAGUAAAAAUGUAAUGUUAAAGGGAAAAAUGCAACCUCUGAAUCAUGGACGUCACUGAUUAUGCAAAUUUGGUAUUCAAGAAACAUUUCUAGUUAAAAGCAGUUAUGCUACUUACUGAAGUACAGGGCAAUGCAGUGCCUUUUUUCAGUUGCUGAAGUAUUGACUUGCAUCACUUCACCCAUACAAGUCAGAUUUUGGUUUAAAAAAUGUCUAACCCCCCAGAAAUCACAAGUCUAUCAUUCAGUUUUUUUAGAAAAUCACCAGUCUAUUGUUCUAUUGAGAGAUGAAGGCUAUUCCAUGCACUACAUAUUGAAAGAAGAAAUUAAAGUGGAUCUGACUAGGAUAGAGAGGGAAGUGGAUGCCCCAAAUGCACAACAACAAGAAGACAAGUACACCAGAGUCUCUAGUUUGAGAAACAGACCCCUCACAGGUCCUAAACCAGCAGCUUCAAUGACCAGUACAUGGCAAACACCAGUUUCAUCUGCAACAGUGAAAAGAAAAGACUCUGGGAUGUUGGCAUUUUAGGCACGUUCAAAGAAAAAGCCACAUCUGAAACUGGCAAAUAUGAAAAUGUAAAAAGAACUCAAAAAGAUUGAGUGAUAAAUGAUUACAAAUUGGUAUUAUGGAUGGAUUUGAGAUGUUGAGUUAUUGUUUGGUUGGAAAAUCCAGAAGUGCCCUACAAGCUAAUUUUCUUAAUGUACUUCUUAAUGUAAUUUGCCUAAUAAUUGAAGCUUAGUUUGAUUAGAUAAAAAGAGGACAACCCUGAUUUGCUGAAGCAGUCACACCAUCAAUCAUCAAAAAGCAAAGUGACACAAACCUUGUGAAAAAAUGCAAUAGGCAAAUCACUCAGAGCUUAGACUUUUGCAUAUUUUUUCUAUGUGGAGUGUAUUUAACUGUUGAGAAGUAUUGUUUUAGAGAAAACACCUUCUGACUAGGAAACAGUGAAUCCUACAGAAAUCCCACAUGAUAAAUCCCACCAUAAAAGCUUUUACUUGAUUCAAGUCAGCUGAGAUACAGUUGAUACAGAGUUUAUAAAAUUCAGCAAGGUCAUUUUUAACAGACAUUCGAAAUGACUAGAUCAGUGUAUUGUUUAACGUGUCUAAAGUGGAACUGUAAAGAUAGUGCAGAAAGUCUUGAUCCAAACCAGCAUAAGACAAAAGACAAAUAUAGAAAAAACUGAAAACGCUAUAGAUUAUAAGAAAGUUUCUGGUCUUAGUAUCUUCUGUGCAAUUUUGGAGUUUUUUGGUCUUAGUAUCUUCUGUGCAAUUUUGGAGUGGUUUAAUCCCUUUUCUUCACCGUGGUGAUGAUCAGAGUAAUUUUUUCUUGUGUUUGGAGGUGGUGCUGUUAAAGAGGCUGUGGCCUGUCCUGACCCAGACCCCUGCUGUGGACAAACCCGGCUGCUGAAGCACCUUGUUCAAAGUUGUCUUCUUUAUGGCAGCUGGAGAAAUAUUCUCCUGGUCAGCCAAGUGUUGAAGCUCCCUGUCAGAAUUACAGUAUAACAAUUAAGUGAGCAUGAAAUAAACUCAUUCCGUGUCAAUUCAACCAAAGGUACAUAAUCCAAAUCCAAAAACAAGAUAUAUGUAUUGUGGUAACUGGAGAGCCACGUGUCGCUGAUUCUUAAUAAAUGUGU